UUAUUUUAUUUGCUAUCUUCGUAGCAUUACGUGGGAAUCAAUCAAAUUAAACUCUAUUUUUUGUGUGAUAAAAUUGAAAUCUGUUUUUGUGAUUUUGGUUUGGAACUUCAGUCAUUUACCAAAGUGGGCCGUACCCUGGGCCGUCAACUUAACACAAAUCGUCAAAUUCUACAUUCUUGUACAUAUUUCUGCUUUUCCGCCAAAGUACAGAGUCAUUCUAGAUUUGCCAAAAUGGCAGAGGGACAGGACGAACCCAAAAAAAUUACUAUUACAGUGAAAACACCGAAAGAAAAACAGCAAGUAGAGAUUGAUGAGGAUGCUGACGUUAAAAAACUCAAGGAAGUGUUGUCCCCUAAAUUCAGUGCAGAGCCGGAGCAGUUAUGUCUCAUAUUUGCCGGAAAGAUCUUGAACGAUGCCGACACCCUGAAACAGCACAACAUCAAGGACGGGCUGACAGUCCAUCUCGUGAUAAAGACUCCUCCGAGGCCCGAGCCUGAGGGCGCUACACGUCGCCCUCCAGCUGAUGUUGGUGCUACCCCAUUUGGUUUAAAUUCAUUGGGUGGAUUAGCAGGCCUAGAGAGUUUGGGUCUUGGCCAGAGCACUUUUAUGGAUUUACAGGCUCGUAUGCAACAAGAACUCCUGUCCAACCCAGACAUGUUGAGACAAGUACUGGACAACCCACUGGUGCAACAGAUGAUGAAUGACCCCGAGAACAUGCGAACACUCAUCACAUCCAACCCACAGAUGCAGGAUCUUAUGGCAAGGAAUCCAGAGAUAAGCCACAUGCUGAACAACCCUGAGCUUUUGCGGCAGACUAUGGAGUUGGCUCGCAAUCCCGCCAUGUUGCAGGAACUCAUGCGUUCCCAUGACCGCGCCCUCUCCAACUUGGAAAGCAUACCUGGUGGCUACAAUGCUUUGCAGCGCAUGUACAGAGACAUCCAAGAGCCAAUGUUGAAUGUAGCUAGCAGUAUGGCAGGCAACCCCUUCUCUGGACUAGUUGACAACUCUGACGGUACAAACCCGCAACAGGGAGCUGAGAACAGGCAACCGUUACCCAACCCUUGGCAGCGCGGUGGUGGUGGUGGCGGCGGCGGCGGCGGGGCCGCGGGGACCGGCGGUGGCACGGCGACGGCGGGCACCGGGCCCGGCCUCAUCAACACGCCGGGCAUGCAGUCGCUGCUGCAGCAGAUGUCGGAGAACCCUCGUCUCGUGCAGUCCAUGCUGUCCGCACCCUACACCAACACUAUGCUCCAGGCCCUCGCUGCCGACCCCGACAUGGCAUCCCAGCUUAUUAACCAGAAUCCGAUGUUCGCGAACAACCCUCAGCUACAAGAACAGAUCCGCACAAUGAUGCCGCAAAUGUUAGCACAGUUACAGAACCCAGAAAUGCAGCAGAUGAUGUCCAACCCACAGGCCCUGAACGCAUUACUCCAGAUCCAGCAAGGGUUGGAGCAGCUCCGCACUGCAGCGCCGUCACUGGUGGGCAACCUGGGGCUGGGCGUGGGCAACGCCACGGCCACCCCCACCACCACGCCGCCAGCCCCGGCCGCGCCGCCCAAUGCACCCCCGCGCCAACAACAGAACUCUGAACUCUUCACGCAGUUCAUGCAGCGAAUGAUGUCGGCCAUGGCGAAUAAUCAGACGAAUUCAUCACAGCCGCCCGAGCAGCGCUACUCGCAACAACUUGAACAACUUACGGCUAUGGGCUUCCUUAACCGGGAAGCGAAUCUGCAAGCACUAAUCGCGACAUUCGGCGAUGUGAACGCGGCGGUGGAGAGGUUACUAGCCCUCGGCCAGUUGUCCAUGAGCUAACACUCGAGCGCUUAGCAACUUAGACGUCCACUACUGCGGCUACGAUUUGCUUACACCAUCCUAAAACUAUAAUUUAGUUACAAUCUCACUACCAUUCGGGUCGAAAUCAAGUUCAUUUUGUUUUGUAUCACAGUUAUUUAUUGUUUGAAGCUUAAUUACUCGUGGUCACGUGUGGUAUGUAAGAUAUCGUGAUAUUAUAUUUAGGGUAUGGGUAUGGCUUUGGGCCCUUAACAUUGAUGGUCGCCAUACAAAAGAAACAAGCUAGGUACAGUAUACAGCUACAAAUUAUCCAAUACUUUGAUGCAUCGUAUCCCUCAAUAAAUAGACUAUUAUAUCAGCUUGCUGAUGGUGCCAAGUGAGUUUGUAACAACAUUAUAGUUACAUAUUUAUAUUGUUUACGGUUUCGGUAAAAAAUGUGUGAGUGAUGUAUUUGAAUUACUCUUUUUAAAAUGGCAGGAUUCGAAAUAGUGUGUUUUCAACAAGUAAUAAUUAUUGAAAAUACACUUCACCUUCGUAUUUAUUAAAAGGUAAUUUCAAUAGUUAUUAACACACACAAGUUUAGUUACAUAACAUUAAAACGUGCAUAGUUUUUGAGUUACAUAACUUUAAAAUGUGCAUAGUUUUUGAAUAAUGUCAUUUUAUGGAAGCACUACCACUUGAUUUUGUUUUGAAUGCAAUGGUGUAAGUAAGGAUGAGCUAGCGACAACAAUUCAACAGUAACAACACUCUUCAAAUUUAGUACCGUGUUUGUCGUUACGCACGUCUCAGUUUCCUUUAAUUAAUAUUGUAAUGAUAAAAAUUCAUUCCUUCUUGUUUUAGGCAAUACGCAAAAUUGUUGUUUAUACAUUAAGUAAUAAAAACACUAGGAUUCCUGAUGAAAUCGUCAUUUUUUUAUUAUACUACUGUAAAGGAAUAUAAAAUAUAUUUCUACGAUUUAAUUUAAUGUAUUCUUGUUAUACUCUAUGUUAUCGAUGUGAACUCACUGGCGUAGAAUUACGUAAAUAAUAGGUUUAUGUAAAUAGAUUUGCUUCGAAAAAAAAUAUGUGGAAGAAACGCACUUACUUACAAUAAAAGUUUAUCAUUUUGUCGAAAAUAAUUGACUUUUUGUAUAAUUUCAGUUUCUUGGUGAUUUUUUACUUUAGUCACAAUUUAAUGGGGUAUAUAAGGUUGACUGAUUAUUUUGCAUUGUGUCAGGUUAAACUGAAUAUUGGUUGAAUAUGGACAAAAAUAUAUCAAUAUAACAAAAGACAAAAA